AUGAAGCCCGUCAUUGCUGUCCCCGCAACGCUAUUGCUCGUAUAUCGGGCUUGGUCCAAAAAGUCUCUAACACCCGCCGGUCUCCUCGCCGCGACCCUCACAGCCAUCGCUCAUGCCGUCCAUCCUUGGAAUCUGCCAUUUGUCCUGCUCGUUGUCUUCUUUCUGGCUGGGACGCGGGCAACGCACGUUAAGGAGAAUGUCAAGGCCAAUCUCACACUCAAGGCCGGCGGCACAUCCGGCGGCGAGGGUCCUCGCAACCACAUCCAGGUUCUUGCCAACUCGCUCACCGCGUCUAUUCUUUCCCUCCUCCACGCCUACCAACUGCGGUCACGUCAACAGUCCUUGCUAGCGUCACCCGGUGGCGACAGCGCGGCCGGCAGCCUCUGCUUCGCCUGGGGCGGUGACCUCCUGGUGAUUGGCAUCAUUGCGAACUAUGCCUGCGUCGCCGCCGACACGUUGAGUUCCGAGCUUGGCAUCCUGGCGAAGGGCCAGCCGCGGCUGAUCACCAGCCUCACGCUGCGGAAAGUGCCGCGUGGCACUAAUGGCGGUGUCACGCUGACGGGCCUGGUUGCGGGGCUACUUGGAAGUAUCAUCAUCGUCACCGCGGCGAUGCUGUUCCUCCCGGUCUGCACCGACGAGACGGCUAGCAGGCUAGGCGGAGGCGCGCCGUGGACGACGGAGCAGCGGCGCACGCUGAUCAUUGGCUUGACACUUUGGGGCUUGCUGGGCAGUAUUGUGGACAGCAUCCUCGGCGGCCUGUUCCAGCGCAGCGUCAAGGACGCACGCAGCGGCAAGAUCGUAGAAGGCGAGGGCGGCGUGCGCGUGCUCGUGUCUGCCGGCCCGGCCACUCAAAGGCCCGAGCGUGAAAAGGACACCGGAGCCGAUGUCAAGGCCGCGCUGCUGCAUGGAGAGGGCGAGUCUGCAGUGGCAGAAACCGAUGCGGUCUCCGGACCGACCGAGAAAGGAGGGCGUCCAAACAGGUACGACGCGCACAACAAGCACCGAAGGCCGAGCUUUGGGGACGAGAAGCCGUCACGGGUGGUCGAAAGCGGGUGGGACUUGCUUGACAACAACGAAGUCAAUUUUUUGAUGGCCUCUGGCAUGAGCAUCGGUGCCAUGGCCGUGGCUUCGUGGUAUUGGCAGGUUCCGCUGUCGUCGGUGGUCCCGAUGGCCAAAGGCCUGUAG